ACGACUGAAAAUGACGGAAACUCCCGAGAAACGGAAGUUGAGCGAGUUGCGUGUGGUGGACCUUAAAUUUGAGCUCGAAAAGCGCGGUAAAGACGGCAAUGGAGUGAAAAAUGUGUUGCUCGAACGGCUCACACAGGCAUUGAAGGAUGAUGGCGAGGAUCUGGAGACGGUAGAGUUCGAAAUAGUGGCCGGCAAAGCAGUGGGAAAGAAAAUAAAAGUACAUCAGGGUGGCAAAACGGACGACGAAUCCAGCGUCACAGAGCCUCCAUCGGAGCAAGCUGCGGUGGAAGGCAAAGAGAGCAGUGAAGCCGAAGAAGAGUCGGUGCCAGCAGUGGCCAUGGUCGUGAAGGAAGAGUUAAACCUCCGUGAAAACGCAACGGACGAACAGGAAGAUAGCGAAGAAUCCGGCGAUAAGCAAGAGACGACUACGAAAGUGGUUGCAGAAGAGCAAAAAGUGAACGGAGACGUGGAAUCGGCGGACUUCGUCAAGCCGGCCGAUCCGUUGUUGGUGGUGGACAAUUCCGAAGCAGACACGCGGGCCAUCAAAACGGAAGACCUGCGAGAUGACUCAAAGGAAGUGGAUAAUGAAGAUUCCCUAAAUCUGACCAUCGGAGAAGACGAAGAAAACUUGCUGCACGAUAGCAAUAUGGAAAUAGAGCUCAAAAAAGAAGGUACGUUUAAGGGGGAGCCAGUGUCCGAUGUUACCGACAAGAUUUCUACGACCGGCACCAGCAGCGAGAAAGCAGCAGCAUCAUCGACCCGUGCCGGUAGCAGCGAAAAGUCUACCAAAACUUCGCCAAGCGCCACCGCAGCGACCGGCAGCAGCAGCACUACGGACGUCGGCGGUGAGAACGGUGCAGCGGCUUCGACGACGACGACGACGGCAACAUCGACGACAGCAUCGACGACAGCAUCGACGACGACGACACCGACGGCCACGCGGACGGACAGCGGAAGCAGCACCACCGGGACAACAUCAAACGUGGUGGGCCGCAAUCUGUGGGUGUCCCGGCUGUCGUCCCUCACUCGGGCGACCGAUUUGAAGCAGAUCUUUUCCAAAUACGGCAAGGUGAUGGGCGCCAAAGUGGUGACCAACUCGCGAACUCCAGGGACGCGCUGCUACGGCUACGUCACGAUGGCAUCGGCCAAGGAUGCCACCGAGUGCAUCAACCAUCUGCACCGCACCGAACUGCAUGGGCGUAUCAUUUCCGUGGAGCGUGCCAAAUCGGAACUCGGGGGCCCGCCCCGUCAAUCGUCGUCGGCAACCGAUUCUUCCACCACCGACAAGGAACGAUCGUCCGACACCAAGGGAGCUACGACCUCAUCAAAGGGUAAGGGAACGACCGGUGGUAGCAGCAGCGGCAAAGGUGACGCAAAGUCGACAUCGGAGUCGGACAGUAGCAAGAAGAAGAACGGAGAUCCCACGGCUUCCGGUACCGGCGAGCGGGAUCGCAAGGGAUUGUCGGUGGCUGGUGGUGAUGUGAAGCGUCGUCCUAGUGAGGACAAAAGUCGCAACACCGCCGGCAGCGAGAAGCAGCGCAGCGUAAGUGCCACGCGUAAAAGCAGCGGAACCAACAAACCGACCGCGGGAGCUGACCACAGGAGCCACAGGAGCCGAUCACCGCACGAUCGUCGUUCAGCGGGCCGGCGAUCGUUGACUCAGCGCGAACCACGGGCCCGUGGCGGCAGCCGCGACCGAACCGACACCAAGCAUCAUUCGCGUGACCGCGAGGUACUGUCGUUGCAGAAGAUUCGCGAGGAAAGGGAACGGCAACGGUUGCGCGACCGGGAGCGGUUGCUGCGCGAAGAGGAACGCCGCCGGCGCGAGAUACGGGCCCGGCAGCGGGAGGAGGAGGAGCGGCUGGAGCGGGAACGCGAAAAGCUGGCCAGCGAACGGGAGCGCAUUGAGAAGGAGAAAGCGGAACUGCUGCGGAUCGUGCGCGAGCGCCAGAAGCUCGAGCGCGAGAAGAUCGAACUCGAGCACCUGGAGCUGAAGCGCCAGCAAAGGAAAAUCGAGGAAGCUAAGAGGUCGUUGAAACGUCCGUCUUCGACCGACCGGUACGAUGAUGAGCGAAAGCGUCCGACAACGGAUCGCCGGGUUGAAGCACCACCGCCGCCCCGUUUCGAUUCCUCGAUUUCGUCCGGAUCCGGCAGUCGCUCCAACUACGAUCGUCUUGCGUCGACGGACAAGAAACGGUCGGACGACUACUCAACGUCGUCCUCCGCGAAACGGGACGAUUUCCGGCGCGCCGGAAGCUUCAAGCGCAGCGGUACGGACGAUUACGGCAAACGUUCGGGAGACGAUUACAAGCGUGGUGGUGGCGGCGGCGGCAGCAGCAACAACGAUGACUACAAGCGUGACAAUCGUUCCGACUACAAGGGUUCCGGUCGGGCUGCUGACGAGUACGGCAAGCGUGACAGCAGCGGCGGCGGCGGCGGCGGCUACAGCAGCAAGCGCGAUCUGGACCGUUCCAUAUCGAGCUCCUACGACAGCCGUGGCGGUGGCGGCAGUGGUGGCGGAGGUAGUGGCUCCACCGGAGGGUUGCUGUCCCAGUCGAUCGGCAAGGAGAGCCGGUACAGUGACCGAUCGAAUGACUACCGUGGCAGUGGCGGCGGUACCAGCGGCGGUGGCCUGAAUGGUGGCAGUGGCGGCGGUGGCGGCAGCCGGGCUGACGAUCGCGAUCGUAACAAUUCCUCCGGAAGCCGCUACAGUGGCGGAAGCACGGCCGUCGUCGGCAGCAGCUGGCAGAUCGGUAGCAUUUCAUCGCUCGGAAAUUGGGGCGAUAAGUCAAACGAUGGCGGCGGUGGUGGCGGUGGCAGCUGGCGCAAUAUGGACGGAGGGCAGGAUCGAUAUGAUCGGACAUACAACGAGCGAAAGCCGCUGCCGAUGUCGGGUGGUGGUGGUGGUGGUGGCGGAGGAUUUAUGGAUCAGUCCCGCGGCAACCAGUUCAUUGGUGGCGGCGGCGGAAGACCACAAGACCGCUACGGACAGUCCGUUUCGAACCGGUUCGACAAUGGGCGCUACUAGGCGCAGCGGACAAUUGACAAUUGAAUGGCAGUUUAAGUAUUUUGAUAUAAGCCGCGGCGACGUCAAACAACCCUUCUACACGUAUCGUAUAAAGGUCGAUACUUUCCUAUUGGUUCCUCGCGUCACGCGGUACAAUUCCUCCAGCGAAAGUAGGCACGAAAGGCCCCGGCGCGACGAUGUUCCGGAGGCCGCGCCCGGGUACACGGCUUUUAAUCCACAUAAAAUACACAUAAAAUCCUAAGUGUAGUUUUUAAUUGCUGAAAUAGACCGAUA